AUGUCAGACACAGAGGACUCGGACCUGCAACAGGCCAUGGAGUUCGACAUCCCACCGCAAAAGGAUGAUCAACGUGACUUUUUUCUAGAUCAUGAUGUCCUUCAACAGGCGAUUAUGCUAGACAACGAAGACAGCCUUAUAGAUUCCAUCUUCGACACAGUCGCUGGUCUCUGUGAUCCCUAUACUCAGCCUGAAGACAAUGACACGGUCCCAUUGAGUGUUUCUUGCUUGGCAGAUGCCACUAUAGCGUUAACAUAUCAACAACUACUCGAGUACAAUGCCGAAAACCUAGAUCAAAACGAGCGUCCAUGCAUCAAGUCUCUACGAUUUCAGCUAUCGACCAAUUAUUUGACAAUUUUGGACGCCAUCAACAAGACCUUACGCUGUGACGACCCCAUUAGAAUUGAAGCAUUGCUCAAAGAUCUGCUAUAUUGGGAGCUAAGAGAUCCAUUUUGGCUUCCCGACUUCUAUCAGCUUAAUGACUAUGAGGCCAAGCUAAGCUACUACAUGGCAUGUGUCCUUGUAAUGGCAAUCUACAAGCUAUUUCUCCCCGAAGAUGGGAGCCCAUAUAACCCUGCAUUGAAUCCAUAUACGGACUAUUUCAUCCGGCUUUGGAGAUCACACACUGGCAUUAUCAAACUAGCAUUUGAGCUCGAUCAUGACCUCGAGCAAUACGCAUACCUGAACAGUGACGAGUAUUUUGAUACCCCCGAGCAUGUAAAGCGUGCACUCCUUGGGUCUAGUGCUGUUCGGUCUGUUUUGGCAUAUGUACUAAAUCAAACCACGCCUGGAAAGCUCUACGACCAAAGUGUCAUUGAAGACAGAAAGGCUCACGAGUAUGAUGUCUGCCAGCAGCCACUACUCGAUUUUUAUGACCCCUUGACAAGAAAGAGAGCGUCUGGUGGGGCACUCAACGGUAAUUAUGGUGCUUUCAUUUUCGUCCAAUUGAUCCUAAGAUUUGACAUGCAUGACACAAGAAAGAGAAUUGAUGACUUCCUCAAUGCGAUUAUGGAAAAUGACGAACAAGCUUCGAAUUACCUUUUUAAACGCCUGCGGUAUACCAACAAUACGGAUUAUGCUAGGAAUUUCGAUAACAUGCUAAUGUACGAGGACUACCUUGAUGAGGAUAUCAAAUAUGUUUUCUUUGGAUAUGCUGAUUCAGAGGAAGAAGAAGAUGAGGCUGCAGAAGAAGAGGACACAAACGACGACCUGAAGAAAGAGGUCCGUAUGGCUUUACGCUCAGAUCCUGCUGGCGUCGGCGUCGAUGAAGAGGGAGUCGACUGGAACGACUGCCCUCGAGGACAGAAUACUGAGUUCUCCGAAAGAUUCUUGAAAGUCGCUCUGCAACUUACGCCCUUGACAGAUAUGAGGGAGUUCGAAAAGUACAUCGAUUAUGUGAUGACCGUGAAGGAUGGCAAUAAUCCCGAGGCCAAGAACCAACUACUAGGUCAAAGGAUUGUGGAUAUUCUAGCCAAGUGCAUCAAAGAUGAAGCAGAGAAAAACCCUGAUGCAAUAGUCGCUCCUGGUGAUAUCUAUGAAUACCUUGUUUCACCUCCUGAGAAUACCUCGAAUCUCCCAACGCCUCCAAAUCAUGUUGAGGCUUACAACAAGGAAGUGACUCGAUUUGAAUACAUCCUCAUUUCCAACCCCACAAUUGCUACCAGCAUCAUUGAUGAGAUUCUCAUGUGUGGCGGGUUUAGAAGGACCUUCAUAUGGUUCAUCACACAUUUGGUGAACUAUUCCCCUGCAUUGCUCAAUUACAUAUAUGAGUUGGCUAUCGGAAUGAGAGGUUCUAAUGAGGGAACCAAGCGAGAAAUCGAGUUUUCCAGAAAGGGACACCUUGAGCUAUCGGUCAUUGAAAGGCUGAUGCUUCUUCACGAGUGUUUUAGUAAUCUUCUUUUGUGGAUUAUCUACUUCGACAAGAUCUCACAUCUGCGAGCAAAAUCACUCAUAUCCUUGGCUUCGUUUAUGAUUCGAAGGUUGGUUGAAAACGGCGUCAUUUCUACUUCGAAGACCGCUCUGUAUAUCGACAACUACAAAGAAGAGAUUGAGUUUCUUCUAAUGCCCUUCGUUGGUGACGUUCCUGAAGCUAGAGAGCUCUUCUUCGAAUUCAAAAGUGGAUUUGGAAAGAACCAGAAAGAAAAGCAAUUGUGGAACAAGCUCAUAUACAAAGAUGCGGGUUCCGUGGAAGAGGUUUUGAAGGAUUUGAACGGUCUAGCCUUGGAAGAUGUUAGCGUUUUGGAUUACAGAUCCAACUCUUCUAGUGCUUUGAUCGCCCAGCUUGUUAAAAGAGUCUCUGGUGCUCUUAGAAGGAUUCAUAAUAGGGGCAAAAAAGGUCCAAACUAUACUAAGGAUGAUUAUCUCGAACACGUCGAGGAUGCAGCUAACGAUUUCCGCUUAUUCAUGAAAAAUUACAAUGUCAUUUGCCAUCAUAUGAGCCUAGCGGAAAUUUGUGCUCAAGCUAAAGAUGAAAGGCUCAUACGAGGUGAUGGUGAGCCUUUUACGCUCGGCCAUGGCGACUUUCAAGUGAAACUCAUGGGCGUCGGUUCCAGUAUCGAGGAGCUUCAAGAAAUGCAAACCGCUCACCAGGAAGAAGAAAAUGACGGGUCCACCAAGAAGAAGAAAACUAAGAAGAAGAAAAAGGGAAAGAAGAACAUCGUACUAACACCCCAGGUUAAGACCGCUACCGCCCCACCACCAGCUGCCUCCUAUUCCCAGGCUGUCAAGGUCAAUGGUUUUGUCUACGUUUCUGGCCAGAUUCCUUACACCCCAGACAACAAGCCAUUGUCUGCUAACCCCACCAUUGCUGAGCAGGCUGAGCAGGUGAUUCAGAAUGUCAGUAACAUUUUGGAUGCUUCCAACUCCUCUUUGAAGCACAUUGUGAAGGCCAACAUCUUCUUGACUGAUAUGAAGACUCAAUUCGCCGAAUUCAACGGUGUCUACGGUAAGUACUUCAGUGACUUCAAGCCAGCUAGAUCCUGUGUCGCCGUCAGAGAAUUGCCAUUGGGCGUUGACUUGGAGAUGGAAGUCGUUGCCGUCGAGAAGGACGAGAACAAGUUGUAA